AUGCCCAUCAAGCUACCCAAGGGCUUUGCCCGACGAAAGUCAUCAGGAAAUGUUCUCGAUGAAGCUGAAAAUGCGCCAGAGCCGUCUUUCAAGGUUUUCGAACGGCCCGGUGGCGGAACCAGAGCUUUUGAAGGCGGUGUUGCCCUCAAGGGCGCCGGAGCUAGUCGAUACUAUCGCCCGUCAACUGCAGAGUCUGAUAAUAUAUUUGCUGGAAUAGAGAAACCUCUGCCGAACAAUAGGGGGAGUGCCGGAACCCAUCAGUCCAAUUCCACUGGAGGCCCGUACGAUAGCUCAUCCUCCGCUCGUUAUAGCUCGUCUUCGACCCUGCCUUCUUCCACCGACGUACCCGUUCACAAUGAUCCGGCUAGAGGCUUCCACGACAUCCCCGUGCCAGAGUCGCCCUCGUUGUUCUCUCUGCGUGCCGCAGGUCGCACAUUCUCUUUUGGGACAAGACCUAGUCGUUUUUCCACUCCUACACAUACUCCACAACAUGCUCAGCAACCGCUACCGCCGCAGCCCCAGCAGCAACCAGUAUCUGCGGCGCAUAUUAGGGAUCGUGCAAUGACAGCAAGUUCGGCCAGCACGGCAACGCCGCCCAAGCUGUUGGAAACGGACCUGAAUCUAGAUGCGGGUGACAAUGACAACUUCAGCAGUAUGUUUGAGAAUUUUGGCAAACGAAAAAGUGCUAUAUUACUGCAGUCAUCAAACUCGGAGGAGAUACAAUCAAAAGAUUUGCCUGCUCCUCCUCAGAAUGAACGACUCCCCCAGCUUGCUCCAUUAGCAGUUGAUCAUUCACAACAGGUUGAGGCCUCACCAUACUCGUGGGACACUCAAACAGCGCACAACGAAGUGGUGUCAGCAAAUGAUUAUAAUGAUUCCCGGAUUCCCCGCCGAGCCUUGGCCCCAUCACAGUCUGUGACUUCAACAAACUCUAUAUCUCCCGUGUCUCCGACCAGCGACACGUCCGUACCAUCAACUCCCUUUAUUGGAGACGCCGACGCCGAAAUUGUACGCCAGUCUCUACUUUUUUCAAGUAAAAACAAGCAACCAGAAGUGUCAGCCCAUCGGUCUCAGAAUGUGGACGAGGAAACCCCAUUGUUUGGUGCUGAUGAAAUCACGUCUCAUGCUCGGCUGGCCUCGCAAUAUGAAGAGAGAGCCAAUUCAACACCCACUGCUCAGAAUAAGAUCAUGACUCCGGCUCAGUUCGAACGUUACCGACAGCAACGAGAACUUACUCGCAAAUUGAGUGAUGCAUCAAAAAGUGAUAGCUCGAUUGAGAAUGAUUACGACGAAGUCGAAGACGAAGCCGAGAAAAGUCGAGAGGCAACAAGACAGCGCCGCAAGCAAGAGGCUCACUUAUCUGUUUAUCGUCAACAGAUGAUGAAAGUCAUAGGCGAACAGGCACCUGUUCUGUCGACCAACUUACAGUCUCCCUCUCGCCUUUCAAACGAUCGAGCUAAUUCUAGUACGCCAAAUCUAUCCAGUCGCAUGUCAACACUUGGCUUGCAGCCCGGCAAAUUUGACAGUGGCAAGAGCAGUGAUGGCGAUGAUGAUGACGAUGUACCGCUUGCAAUUUUAGCUGCCCAUGGGUUUCCCAACAGAAACCGCCCUCCUACAAGACUGAAUGCGUCCAGCUCGAAUCCCAAUCUCCGAGGAUCAGUUGUCGGCCCCCCGGUUCACCUGCCGGUGUUUGCUCGAAACCUGCCCCGCGAUCCAUAUUACGGUGCUGGCCUAGUCAAUGCCCCGGUACGAGAAAGUCUGGCCUUGGGUGGUGGUGCCCCUUCACAUGGCAUCCCGCAAUCGUCCACUUUACCCCCAGGGGGUUUGAUCGGUGUCAUUGCAACGGAAGAGCGAGCAAGAGCUAUGCGGAGGGGAAGCCCUAAUACUCAAGUUGGUGGGAUUUCGCGACCGUAUUCCGCGGCUAAUAUGGGCCAGAUGGGCGCUCCUGCUCCGUGGGGUGCACCAGGAAUUCCUCAGCAGCCCCAUACUACUUCUCCAGGAGAACAGGCGCAACUACAGAUUUCUCAGCAAAUGACAGAAAUUAUGCAAGUCCAAGUUCAGAUGAUGCAGCAAAUGAUGCAGAUGCAGGGGCUCCCUGGUGGGCAUCCUAUUCAAGCUAAUACUGGCCUCAUACCACCGCCCGGUCAGCCUGUCAACACCGGCGGUCGACCACUGUCCACAGCUUCGUCUUUCCACUUACCCGGGGGUCCGCCCCAGGCGGAUCAGCGUACUCUGAGUUUAUUAGAUCCUAACAUGUCGAGGUGGAAUCUCAACGGGCCUCCUUCGCUUCACCCAGAUGCAUAUGGCCGCCCUGCUACACCUCAAGGUGCUCAUAUGUAUGCACCAUCCAUAGCUCCUUCAGAAAGAAGCAACGUUGGGAUGGCUUCUCGGUAUCGUCCGGUUUCAACAGUUGCUCAAGACGCGCAUAUGGCUCGCUCUUCGACAUUUACAUCCACACUCAAACCUUGGAAUAACGAAAAUCAGCGGCCAGUUUCCACAUCUCCAGCUUCUGCGCUAGCGUCAGAUCGUAAAUCCACGUCAAUAGCCACUGUCACCGUCCGUUCGGUUAGUGCCCAAGGCCAGCAUGAUUUCGCGUCGAAACCACACGCCGGUGCUGGCUCGGAUGAUGAUGAAGACAAAGGCUGGGCAGAUAUGAUGAAGAAACGGGAGAAAAAAAAAAGCAGUUGGAAGUUGAAAAAAGAAACUCCGGCCUUGGGAGAUUUAUUGCACAUGGUUCACUAA